AUGUCGAACCAACCCACACUGCCCCAAAUUUCCAUCUCCACCCCUCCACCGAGCCAACCUUCCGCAGCGCCCUCAGCACACCACCGAUCCGCCCUACCUCCCGAUUCCCAGUACUACCAAUUCACUGACGCAGAGCAAGAAACAUUUGGAGAGCUCCUUGAAGUCUCCGUCCAAGGUCGUUCGUCUACCCCAUCCAUGACCAAACGCGACCGCGAGGCAUGGGCAGCCACCAAACUCCCAUCCCCGGUUUUUCUUGCCGUCAAUUCACCGCAUGGUAAGGACAGCGUGGACAGCACCGACCCACCCGAGGACAUCCACUGGCCCAGUGGGGACGGAGUGUUCACCAAAGUCAAAAAGUUCUUCCCCAUCUACCCUGGUGCCAACAUCCCACCAAGCCUUAAGCUAUCCACCGCCCCACCAGCCAAUCUGGACUCCUUCCACCCCCAAUUCCGGCUCUGGUACGAGGCAAUGAAGUACCUUCACGAUCACAAUGAGUCCCAGAGCAUCCAUUCCCACGCCCACAUCUUCAGCGCCGAUACCAUACCAACCGAUCGAUUUCCAGACAGCGACCUAGCUACGCAUCUGACAUAUUCCCCAUCCACCGUCAGUGCAUUUGCAGCUGAAGUCCCCACCUACAAAGCCCUCUUCGAAGAAUUCAAACGGCACUCGGCCCUCUCUACUUUAGCCUCUACUAAUCAUGUCACUACCCAAGAAGCUCCAGCAGCCCCCCUUCCAGCAGGGGCCCCAUUCGAUAGCGAACUUUUUGCCCAGAUCAUGGCCAACGCUCUCAAAGGCGCCAAUGCCAGCACCAAGGAAAAAGAUCUGGCCCGCACUUCAGCCAGUGCCAAAGACUCUUUCAGCUUGAUUUUUGGCCGAGUCAAACCGGUCAUCCAGCUUGACGGCUCCACUGUCAACGAAUUCCACCCAUCCGUCCUCACUGACGACUUUGCCACAUUCUUGGAAAUCGGUUCGAUCAAAGAGGCCCUACGCCACCUCCAUGACACCUUUGCCCACAUCACCGAUACCCUCACCACUCGGAACAACUACGACCGCAACGUCGACUUUGAUAUUGCCCUCUUCCAACACGCUACAGUCACUGCCCUCAAAACAUGCAGCUUUGCAGUUCGCCCCCUCACCAUGCACCCCCACGAAGCCACCUCACUUCUCAGCCUCCUAGCUUGGCUCCCACCAAACAAAAAUGAUGUCAGGUACACCACUUUCCUCGCGGAAGGCCGAGACAUAAUCCGCCAGGAAGCCAUGGAAGAAGACAAGUCCAAGCAAGCCGCGAAAAAGACAGACAUCUUUGUUCAUGGCGACGUCAGUUCUGUCGAAGCUCUGAUCAAGAUGUUAGCGAAUUUCUUUGCCUUUGUCAAAUACUGUGUCAAAGACUUUACCUUCGAUGACCCCCCGUUAAUUGUCACACUCUUGGAGGAUUUCAUGAACGCCCUCCACACACCUGCUGCCAAAGAUUGGAUCCGUUACAAUGCCGCAGUCCCACACCUCCCAUUGUGUCUCCUCCUCGAAAUGAACCAGAUCUUGCAGAUUGUUGUGGGAGCCGCCAAAAACAAAACGACCCAGAGUAAACUUCGUAAUGGCCAACCGAUCAUGGCAGACACGUUCGUGAACGCUUUCCGUGGAGUCACACAAGCCAUCAGCCACAUCAAUCUCUCCAUCAGUAUGGGCAACCUUGGCCCGUACGGCACAUGCCCCAACCUGCAUGCUAUUCUCCAUGGAAAACCAACCCCCGCUCCCAAACGUGAGAGCCCCAAUUCCCGUGAACGGCCUGACCCAACCAAACGCGCAAAGCACCCACCUCAAGGAACUCAUCCCGGAUACCUGACGUAUGACGGCCCAGGCCGACUUCCAAUUGCCCCUUUCAAAUGUAAACACCCCAUCACCGGCAAACAGGCAGCCUUCUGUUCCCAUUUCCUAUUUGCCAACUACCAUUGCAACCGCCCCCGCUGCCACAAUAUCCACUACACCAAACAGUUUGCAGCAACUAUGGGAUCUGCCGACACCCAGGCAUUUGAAAAAUUCAUUGAAAAAACCCCUGGGGUAACCCGUUCGGCCCCAAAGCCUCAUGUCCCUGAGUGCUCUACAUGCAUCAUCCCUCACCCAAGCAGCCUCGUUUACCAACCCACCCAGACACCAAUGUCGAACCAACCCAAACUGCCCCAAAUUUCCAUCUCCACCCCUCCACCGAGCCAACCUUCCGCAGCGCCCUCAGCACACCACCGAUCCGCCCAGCCUCCCGAUUCCCAGUACUACCAAUUCACUGACGCAGAGCAAGAAAAAUUUGGAGAGCUCCUUGAAGUCUCCGUCCAAGGUCGUUCGUCUACCCCAUCCAUGACCAAACGCGACCGCGAGGCCCGGGCAGCCACCAAACUCCCAUCCCCGGUUUUUCUUGCCGUCAAUUCUCCGCAUGAGCCGCUACCUGAGCCAGACCGACCUUGCAACCCUCUUCCACGUGUGCCCAUCCAUCCAUCUCCUCUCCCUUCUCAUCCAAGAACACCGCUUUGUGGACUUCCGACCCCUCCAACAACCCAUACCACCGAAUCUGACCCCCAGCGUUGCCAUGCAUCGAUGGAGCCGCAUGUUCACCGCAUGCUUACUCCAUUUGACCUCAGCAUCCCAACCGCAGUCCGCUUUGUUGGCAACAUCCACACCGGUGCCCAUCGCGACUGGCCCACCAUCGAACCCAUUCUCCGUGAAGCCAAUGUUGACCCCUUCCUCAUCACCCAGCUCAAACGCGUCUUCCUCGAUGGCGCCCCCAAUUACGUCAAUGCGGAAUCGACCGAUGAGAACCUGCGCACCUUCAUCGCCUACGGUAAUCACAAGACGGUUUACGACAACGUGAGCAAAACACAAAGCGCAGUCGAAAAAGACAUCCUCCGCAACUACCUUCUGGCAGCCAACCCAGCCCUACUUCCAUACAUCCGAGACGCCCACACUACUCCACUCGGGUUGGUUGAUGCAUGUCACGAAUAUUGCAAACCCCGUAUCAUCUUUGAUGCCACCCACCAUCCUUCCCUGACAGCCAUGGCAGUUAACGAUUUCACUUCUAAAGAAACUGAACCCGAAAUCUGCUUCCCGAGGUCAUUUCCCAACUUCUUGAUCUGGAUCUACAACCUUCGCAUCACCUACCCAAAAGAGGAAAUCUACAUUUGCAACAAUGAUGUAUCUGGCGCCUUCCGCCAUGUCAAAUGGAACCCAAAUGUUGUUGGCAUGCACAUGUUCAUGCUAUUUGGAUUCCUUUUCUUCUGUACGGGUCUCUCAUUUGGCGACAACACCAGCCCAGCCCAAUGGGAAGUCGUCGCCAUGGUCCGCCAGCAGCUUGCCCAAUCCCUUUGGUAUGCUGCAGUAACCACCAUCCCACGAGUCGCAAAAUACCUCCCCAAGCUAUCCCUUGCUCCCCUUCCAACGACAUCAGACAUUGCCGCUUUCAUUCCUGCCGAACCCGACUCUCAGAAUCCAGGGGUUUUACACGCAGACGGAUCCCGCAAGUCCCCGACCUUUGAUCACCAUGUUGACGAUUGGCUCUACGCCGACGUGGCCCUAUUCUUGCGCCAAACCAUUUCCGCCAGCGUCCUUGCCCUAUACAUCCUAUUGGGAUUCCCUAACCCAUCCAACGGGAUCCGCGAUUGCAUAUCUUGGGGAAAAUUUGCCAACACUUUCUCCCACGAACGCAAAACAGUUGGAUGGCUCAUCAACUUGAGACGAAUGUAUAUAUAUAUAUAA